AUGACGGUCUCUUACAGUCUUGAAGUGGCUGAUGCCCGCUUUGGCGGCUUCUCCAAACUUCUGUUCAGGUGGAGGGGGAGCAUCUACAGGCUGCUUUAUAAAGAGCUGCUGGUUUUCUGUGGAGUUUAUCUGUUUAUCAGUGUAAUGUACAGGUAAUUUCACUCAUCUCUACAGUAAUCCUGCUUUUCUCCUGAAGUAGAGGACGGAUCAUCACGUCUGAUUUCCCUCACAGGUUCUUCCUCACGCCAAAGCAGCAGGAUCUAUUUGAGCGUGUCGCCCUUUACUGCGAUCAGUUCACCAACACCAGCUUCAUCCCUGUCCUGUUUGUUCUGGGUGAGUCUGACUCGUCUGUUUCCCCUAAAUAUCAGAGGACAAAUCUCUAAAUCUCUAAAUCUUUGUUUCUCUCUCAGGUUUCUACGUGACCCUGGCCUUUAAUCGCUGGUGGGGUCAGUACACCAGCUUCCCUCUGCCCGAUAACCUGAUGAUGGUGGUUUCUGGAAACGUCCACGGGACAGACAAGAGAGGUCGACUGCUGAGAAGAACUCUCAUGAGAUAUGCCAACUUAUCCUCAGUCCUCAUCCUUCGCUCCAUCAGCACAAGAGUUCUCAAGCGUUUCCCGACUCUGGAGCACAUAGUGGAGGCUGGUAAGAGGUUCAGAUCCAAACGGCCUCAUUCAUCAGCGUCGUCUUGAGACUUUUUCUUAACUUUGUGGAUUGUAAGAGGAAGCCAAGACAAAUUAACCGGCUCUUAAACCACAGAAGGAUUUGCACUUAUGCUCUUGAGUUGAUGAAUGUCCCGUCCUCCUCAGUUUGAAGCUGGUGCCACUUUUUCCUAAUUAAUGUAAGAAAAUGACCCUUCAGUCCAGACAGCAGGGCCAUGUGCACACACAGAGGUCAGACAGGAUUAAGAAAAGACUUAGAGAGAGACAGUGAGUGUGUGAAGUACAUUUUUGUGUUAAUAUGGGCUGGAUAGUCGCACGUUAUGGAUAAGUCAGGACAGGUCAGGAUAAGUGUCUCUGCAGCGAUAAAAACCUUCUUAAAAAUAACUAUAACAUCAAUCUAAACCGGCUCCUUUCUCUGCAGGUUUUAUGACGACACACGAGCUGAAAAAGUUCGAGUCUCAUCACUCGGAUUUCAACAAGUACUGGAUGCCUCUGACCUGGUUCUCGAAUCUGGCAGCCAAAGCGAGAGAGGAGGGUCGAGUGAGGGACGACAUCGCCCUGAGACUGCUCAUGGACGUGAGUGGAUCAUUUCUUAUCACAACAGAAAGGACAGGAAAUAUAGACAUUUGUAAUUAGAUACAUUACUCCCUUUAUUAAUAAGUGUUGAUUAUAUUCUCUAGGAGCUGAAUAACUACAGAGCGAAGUGCAGCCUCCUCUUCCACUACGACUGGAUCAGCAUCCCUCUGGUCUACACUCAGGUGAGAGCAAGGACAGGUGAAUCAUGAUCAACAAAAACAACCCAAAUAUGACGUCAUGUUCUUGUUUUUCCCUGAUCUUUGUAUUUCAGGUGGUGACUUUAGCUGUUUAUUCCUUCUUCGCCUUCUGUGUGGUCGGUCGUCAAUUCCUGAACCCUGAAAAAGGAUACAAAGGUCACGGACUGGACCUUUAUGUCCCAGUUUUCACCCUGCUGCAGUUCUUCUUCUACACUGGCUGGCUUAAGGUCAGAGGUCACAUUCAUGUUUCACCCAUACAGAGGAAAUAUUUGUUUUGAUUUUUAAGGAGGAGUGAUUUUAUAUUUCUGUUCUGUAGGUGGGGGAGCUGAUCAUCAACCCGUUUGGCGAGGACGACGAUGACUUUGAAACCAACCAGCUGAUCGACAGAAACUUUCAGGUGAUCAUUCAGAACUCUUAAUUUUGAUUUUCUAGUUUAACCUUCCUCCUGUGUUAGCGUUCACUACGCACCCACUAUGUUAAGGGUCCGUUUUAAAUCAGCUGUAAAUUACACUAAAAACUAUUCUCUAUCAUCCAAUUUGGUUCUCAUCUCUGGGUUAUUGUUAGGCUUCAUUAUCUAUGAAAAUACUCCUUAUAAUAUUUUUUGUUGUGGGUCUCUGAACAUUUCUUUGUCAGUAUACCCCUCAUACAGACAUCUAUACUGAAUUGAUCUCACAUGUCUGGACAUGCCCGACGUUGUUUUGCAGGGAAAAACAGGCAAAAUGAGAAUUUCCUAAAAUCUCACAUGAUUGGAAAAGAAUCUGACUGUCAGUGUGGUGCCUGACAGUAUACAUAUGAUUUUAGUUUUUACUCUAAUUAUUAGAUUAUUAGAUUCCCUAACACUGACGAGCGCCAUAAUUUAAUAAGAACAUUUUAUAAUUUAGUCAAUUUAUUUUUUCUUUUGUAUUUUGUUGAAACAGACGUUCCUGACAAAGUGAAAAGGUUUUGAUGCAAAAAAAGCUCAUUUAUGUGGUUCUUUUUAAGCAUUUAAAAACAAAAACGCAGGAGGAGGGUUAAUAGUAAAGAAGGCUGGCAGCCACCAGGGGCCCCCACAGACGGCCCUGAAUCAAGGAGGCCUUUGGUCCUUGGGUGUGUAAAUGUGAACUGUCAUUACCUCGAGUCUUCUUCUCUCCUCUGUAGGUGUCCAUGCUGGCUGUGGAUGACAUGUAUCAGAACCUGGCUCCUCUCGUGAAGGACAAACACUGGGCGCAGAGACAUUUCUCCAUCCCUUAUACUCUGUCCACAGCAGCCGAGACUCUCAGACCAGCUUUUAAAGGAUCCACCUUUGACAUGAGGUAUGAGCCUGUUACAUUAAAGUGCUUUUUUAAAGAACAAUCACUGCCUUAUCUCGACUUUAAUUCAUCUGUCUUAUUUGCAGGAUGAGUGCGGAGGAUCUCGAGAUUCACCAGCCUUCAGACGAUCCUGCACAGAAACAGUUUUUAUCAGUGAACGGCUCUCUGGGUGAUGGUCUCAAUAGUUUCCUGCAGAAGGGUAGAGGUCUCCUGCGAGGUGGAAGCCUCCCUUCUCUGUUGGAUGUCUCAUCGCACCCAAAUGAGGAGGAGGAACAUGAUGCUACUCCUCCGAAUGGAAACAUCAACACCAGCGACCAUAGAGAACAAGAAAAGCCUCUGAUAAAAGUUGCAAUUAUACAAAACUAGUUAAAGUGUUCAAAAUAUAUACAUUGUGUUCAUUUAUCGUGCAAUUCAAAGAGAGACUGGCUUAAUGACAUCUACAUACAGAGACACCACAAAC